AUGGACGUCCAGCUGCUCGUCUACGACCUGUCUCGCGGUCUCGCGCGGCAAAUGUCCAUGGGCAUCCUCGGCUUCCAGCUCGACGCCAUCUACCACACUUCUAUCCAGCUCAACGGCCGCGAGUAUGUGUACGACGGCGGCAUCAUUGCCAUCGUGCCAGGCUCCUCUCACCUCGGGCAGCCCAUGCAGAAGAUUCCCCUCGGCACUACUCACCUGCCCCUGGACGUGAUCGAGGAAUUCCUCGACUCAAUACGGCCGAUAUUUACUCUCGAGGCAUAUGACUUGUUUCGCCAUAACUGCAACAACUUUAGCGACUCCUUUUCCAACUUCCUCGUUGGCAAAGGCAUCCCUGACCAUAUCGUCAACAUGCCACAGGCGGUUAUGGAUUCUCCGAUGGGACGCAUGCUGCUACCGCAACUCACACAAGGUGUCAAUGCAGGCCGGUCAAAUGGCUCGAUCCUCGGUCUGCAGGACACGGCCAGGGCAUCUGCACCAAUCCCGGAUCCAAGGAGGACUGUCAAGUCAAUCUCAACUCAAGCCGAGUUCUCACGUCUUCUCGAUGAGGCAAAGCGGUCCUGCGCCGUCGUGUUCUUCACAUCCGCCACUUGCCCGCCGUGCAAGACGCUGUACCCGUUGUACGACGAGCUUGCAGAGGAACUCGGGGACAGUGCGACCUUUGUCAAAAUCGACAUCUCGCAGCCACAAGCGUCUUUGAUCGCACAGCAGUUCUCUGUGCGGGCAACACCCACAUUCGUCACAUUCUUGAAAGGCGCAGAAGAGAACCGAUGGUCAGGGGCAGACCCUACAGCCCUUCGGGGCAACGUCCAACUCUUGGUGCAGAUGGCUCAUCCGACACACCCGCACUCCAAGCUACGCCUGCCUAGCUUCUCAAGCACCAACACGAAACCUGUUUCGUAUACCAAGAUCCCUCCUAUGGCCAAGUUGAUGGUCAAGAUGGGAGAUGAGCUGGCUAAGAAACCCGAAGUUCAGAGCUUGACACGAUUCAUCGAGAUGAGACAAACAGCUGGGCCGCAAGAUGCCAUUGUGCCGGACAUGACACAUCUAUCGAAACUGGUUCAGGAUUCGGUUGUGAGCUUACCGCCAGAGACGCUUUUCACCAUCGUCGACCUCUUCAGGUGCGCCCUGGUAGAUCCUCGAGUAAGUGGGUUCUUCGCAGAGGAGGAGGACCACAAGACAGUUCGCGACGUGUUCGAAUUUGUCAAUAGCCAGAGCGCAUGUCCAUACGCUCUUCGUCUCGUCAGCCUUCAGAUGGCCUGCAACUUGUUCUCGACACCACUGUUCCCCGACGAGAUACUACGCAACGCCAACCUCCGGACGCCACUCAUCCAGCUCAUAUCAUCCAGCUUCCUUGACGACAGCCACAACAACGUCAGGGUUGCGGCAUCAUCUCUCCUGUUCAACCUCGCGCUGGCGAAUCGGCGGUCCAGGGAGAGCGAUACCAAGCCGACGCUCCCUGAAGGAGACGAGGUCGAGCUCGCUGCGUCAGUGGUAGAAGCGAUCGCCCAGGAGGACAAAUCAAUAGAGGCACUACAGGGAAUGCUAUCGGCACUCGGGCACCUGGUAUAUGGCACGGCGUUGGAUGGAGAGCUGGCCGACCUGCUGCGAGCGCUGGACGCUCAGGGCACCAUCUUGGCGAAGCGGAAGGCGUUUCCUGGGGAGAAGCUCAUAGGUGAGGUGGCGGAUGAGCUGCUAGGCAAGGGAUUGCGGCGCUCAUAG